UGGGAGGAGCCCGGGGGAGGGGGAGGGGAUAGAGAUUUGGGAUACAGUUGCAGCAAUCUCCUCCGGACAAUCAUUCUUCUGUACGGACCGAUCCACUUCUCAUCCAACAUGAUCCUCCGGUGCUCUCCCCUGCUGCUGCUUCUCGCCGCCUCCCUCUGCCGGGCUCAGGAAGAGCCGAAGAGCAAAUCCAAGGUUUGCGCCAAUGUGUUCUGUGGAGCCGGCCGGGAGUGCGCCGUGACGGAGAAGGGAGACCCCACCUGUCUGUGUAUUGAGAAAUGUAAGUCUCACAAAAGACCCGUCUGCGGCAGCAACGGCAAAACUUACCUGAACCACUGCGAGCUCCACCGCGACGCCUGCCUCACCGGCUCCAAGAUCCAGGUGGACCAUGACGGUCACUGCAAAGAGAAGACAUCAGAGGCCCCGGCUGCCACCCCAGUUGUGUGUUACCAGACCGAUCGCGAUGAGCUGCGCCGACGCAUCAUCCAAUGGCUGGAGGCCGAGAUCAUCCCCGACGGCUGGUUCUCCAAGGGCAGCAACUACAGCGAAAUCCUCAACAGAUACUUCAAGAACUACGACGAUGGUGACUCCCGCCUGGACUCUACCGAAUUCCUGAAGUUCCUGGAACUGAACCAGACCGCCAUUAACAUCACCACCUACCAGGACCAGGAGACCAACAAGAUUCUGAAGGGUCUGUGCGUUGAGGCUCUUAUUGAACUGUCCGAUGAGAAUGCAGACUGGAAAUUGAGCUUUAACGAGUUCCUGAAGUGCCUGAACCCCGGCUUCAACCCUCCGGAGAAAAAGUGCGCCCUGGAGGAUGAGACCUACGAAGAUGGAGCAGAGACCCAGGUGCAGUGUAACCGCUGUGUAUGCGCCUGUGGGAACUGGGUGUGCACCGCCAUGUCCUGUGAUGACAAAGACGGCCACCCAGAGGGAGAUAUGAGCCGAUAUGUGGAUGAACUUAGAAAGCACCAGGAGACGAUUGAGAAAUCCAAGCAGGCCGGCAGCAAAGACAUCUGAAGAGGCCGCAGAUCCCCUGCGCUGGCAGGGCUCCGUGCCGCCCACCUCUCCAUUACUUAGUCUAUAGGGACGGGCAGGAGAAUCUGAUUUUUAGCUGUCGAUGACAAAUCAAUCUUUGUAGGGCAUAGGUGCAAAAAAAAAAAAAAUAAUAACACGAGGGGAGUGGGCUUCCCCCGCCAAAAACUAUCCAAUCACUUUACCAUUCCGCGCCUUUUUGAGAUCGCUUAGCCGUGCUCCCCCCCCCCCUCCCUCCCUUGAUCUGGGAGGCAAUAAGGCACUCGGCUUAAACUGUGCCAUUACCCAUCAGAGGGUGAACAUGGGCCCUCAUCCAUUAAACCAGCAGCAUGGUGGCCAUUGCCUACGCGUUGCCCGCAGGGGGCACAACCCUCUUUUUCUUCUGCCAUCGCCGAGUGCCUUAUUGCGUCCCCAAUUUUUUUCCUUCCUGUGUUAUCUCACUACAAGAAGAUUCUGAGUCCCCCUCCAGCCUCAAUCUGGGUGAAGGAGUGUCACGGUCAAAGCAAGAGAGAAUGUUUACCAAGAGAGGUGCCACGCAAGCAAGGGUCUGGGAGGGUUCGGUAGGUCUCCCCGAAGGGCAGAUUUUUGGGGCCGACUUUAACACAGGGCAAAAGGGGCAGCUGCCCCGGGCCUAGUCAUUGUUGUUGGGCCCAACGCAGCUGUCUCUUGAGCCCCCACUGCCCGCAAAUAGUUGAUAAGUGGAUUUGGGAGAGACCAAGGGUCCAAUCCAUAUUAAAGACGGCCCGAGUCAUCCUGAUCCUGCCCUGUUCGGGUUUUUACAGAUAUUUUAUGGUGUUGGGGGUGCCCUUUAGAGAGUGGGGACACCCUUUAAGAGUAGCACAGUGGAGCAGCGAGUUGCCUACAAUGGCCCAAUUAGAGCUUUCCUAUUGUAACCUGCUCAAGAAAAAAUAAAAAAAAGGAUUGCUGUCAUCUGAUUGGUUGAAUUUCCAGUGUGCUACUUUGUUUCAGAGUGAUCCCCAUUUUUUCAAAGAAGAGCGCGUUCGUUAUAUAUACCAAAGGCCAGAAGUGAUUUAACAAGAUGUCACCCGUUUGACUCCCCCCCCCCCCCCCCCCCCCCGGGAAAGGUCCAUUGACCUGGUCCCAUCUUAUCAUUAUUGAUCCCUAAUUAAGGUGCUUUGAUUUCUAGGGACCCCAAAAACAAGUCCGGGUCGGUCCCUUCUGUAUUGUCUGUUAUUAGUAUUUAGGUGUGAUAUUGUAGUUUUUUAGUGUUUUAUUUGCUAUACACUCCCCCUGGUGUCAGGACAUGGGACAUACGCAGACCCACCAGAGGGGCCCUCGGAGACACUGGCAGGAGGAGGCAGGGCAGUGCUACUGGGCUUCAUCAUUAAAGGUCGAACGUUAAUUUUUAGCUGAUUUGACUGAUUCUGAAGGUUUUGGGUGUUUAUGAAAA